GCGAGCAAACUUCUAAACGUUUGACGGGAGAGAAUCGGUAGAGCGUGUUGCUGCAUUUGCGUAAAAACAAAUAUACGAGCUUCACAGCGCUCGACGAUAAGCCAUAAUCCGUCAAUGAUCGUCCGUCGCUGCGAAUUAAUAUUAUUCGCCGUCGGAUGACGAUAUUUUUGUCAGUGAGCAAUUCGGCCUUCGAAGCACCAGGCACGCGGUUUACGGUGCAUCUGCGAGCACAACGGUGAACAACAGUUCCGCAGGAUUAGCAAUUUUGCCUAAGCAUAACAAAUAAUAUUAUUUAGUGUAACAAAGUGUAAAGGCGCGGAUAAACAAGGCCAAAGUAGGAGAGGUGUGAAAAUUGUGCUGAGAUGUCAGGCAGCACAAUGUUGAGUCACAAUCCAGCCAGAAAGUGAGCCACGUGUGGGCGUCCUGCGAUAUUCCUGAAUAGAAUGUCAGCAGGUAUGAUGAUUCGCAUGUCUGUCACACUUGCAACGUGCAAUCACACUUGCAAUACAAAGCACCGAGUUGUGCGUCCAGUUCUGCUGCUGGUAUAACGUACAAUCGAUCUCAAAUGCCAAUGAUCAUGGAAGAGAAGGAGAGCGAGAAGUAUCCGUUGCAUAGAUGCAUAUUUCAAGGUGAUGUAAAGACACUGAGUAUUUUGAUCAGGACCUACAACAUUGGUGAAAAAGAUAAACAAGGGAACACACCUUUGCAUUUAGCUGUAAUGUUAGGACGAAAAGAAUGUGUUCAAUUAUUGCUUGCGCACGAUGCACCUGUAAGAGUGAAGAAUCUAGCAGGUUGGAGCCCAUUGGCUGAAGCAAUCAGUUAUGGAGAUAGACAAACCAUAUCAUCUAUAGUACGAAAACUAAAGCAACAAGCUAAAGAUCAGAUGGAAGACAGAAGGCCAAAUCUAGUUACUGCGUUGCAUCAAAUGGGUGAUUUUUAUAUGGAAUUGAAGUGGGAUUUUCAGAGUUGGGUACCAUUAGUCUCGAGAGUGUUACCAUCAGACAUAUGCAGAAUACAUAAAAGCGGAGCUUCUAUUAGGAUGGACACGACUCUUGUUGACUUUAAUGAUAUGAGAUGGGAAAGAGGCGACAUAUCUUUCAUUUUCAAUGGCGACACAAAGCCCAGCCAAUCAUUGACUAUCCUCGACAAUAAAGCUAAACUUUUCCAAAGAGUGAGAUAUGAGGAGACAGAACUUGAUAUAGAGGAUGAAGUUGAUAUUCUUAUGUCUAGUGAUAUUAUGGCUGCGCAAAUAUCUACCAAAGGUAUUACAUUCUCUAGAGCACAGACAGGGUGGAUUUUUAGAGAAGAUAAAAGGGAAAUGGUAGGAGCCUUUAACGCUGAUUUUUACCAAAUUAAUGGCAUGGUGUUAGAAAGUAGAAAACGUCGUGAACAUUUAAGUGCAGAGGAUCUGCAAAAAAAUAAAGCUAUUAUGGAAUGCAUUACAAAGGGCAGCUCUCAAGGGCUUGCAAAUGGCGAGCCUCCCGCGAGGAGAGCAUCGUUGAACCCACCUCCAGAAUCGAACAUAACGUGGGAGGAGUACGUCGUCGCUCCUCCAGGCAAGUGUCCGCUUCUAGGAAGAAAUCUUGUGUACAAAGAGAGUAGUAAAUCCUUCAAAGCUACCGUGGCGAUGAGCCCGGACUUCCCCCUCACUGUCGAAAUGUUACUCAAUGUUUUGGAAGUGAUCACGCCGUUUAAACAUCUAAGCAAGCUACGGCAAUUUGUACUCAUGAAGUUGCCUCCUGGAUUCCCGGUCAAGAUCGACAUACCGAUAUUGCCUACAGUCACUGCUAAGAUAACUUUUCAAGAGUUCGCCUUUCGCAAUGACAUAGAUCCGGAGCUGUUUAAAGUGCCAGAAGGCUACUGCGAAGAUCCAAUGAGAUUUCCAGACUUAUGACGCUUCGACAUCCUAACACUAAUCGACGUCCAGCCUAGUUGGGAUCUAUUUCCUUCUGUGCUAGGAGACAAUCUGGCUUUCGAGAUUUGGGCCAGUCUGGAAAGCAUCUACUCAACAAGCCAUUGUGUGUUGUUCAUCGAGUAAACUAAUCUUCGUAAUUCAAUUACACCUAACAGCGAAUAGUGUCGAAUAUUUACGAAACGUUCGAUAGAGAGAGCAAAACUAUGAACAGAAAGCAAAUCCAUGUACUGGAAUUACCUAAACUUGCACACACGACAUCACUAUUUAAUAUCUAAACUUAAUUACACGUUUUUCAGGUAGAUUAACGUUUGUAUGAAGAGAUGUGUAUAUUAUUUAUAUGUCGUGUUGUACUUCAAAAAAUACAUGCUGCGUGCGAUCAGUGUUGCUAAGGCAAUAUGUUACAUGUCAGCCGGGUGUGAAAGAAAAAUAUCCAAACUUACGUUUCAACAAUACCGAUACGCAAUUUUAUAACUUUUUACAACUUUUAAGUGAUGACUAAUUGCUCCAGCUUUUACUUUUUACUCCAAUUGGUAAGUGUAUGUGGAACGUACGCGACGGUACUGUCUCCAGCAACACUGCACUCGAUAAGCGAUACAUAAUUUAAGUUUUCAAAACACGGCGAUUGCAAAUCUUCACUUCUUGCGUGGUGCUUGAAGGUGAAAUUAGAAAUUUCGCGCACGACAAAAUCUUAAGAUUCUAUAUUCGUCAUCGCAGCCACGUUGGAUUAUGACGAUAUAGAAAGAUAUAAGUGAUUACAUGAUGUAAUUUAUUGUUACAGUAUACAUUGAGGUAAAUGAACUUUUGUUACUAUUAACGUAGAAACGAAUUUACUUCAACGUGUAACGGAGAGAAGGUUUUAUAUAAUUUUCUACUGUGAUGUAAUUAAUACCUAAUGUGACUGCGGUGGCGGGCCCUAAUGAAUAAACAGAUUAAAUCGGAUAGCGAACUUUUUUUGUAGUAGUGCUAUAUUAGUAUUCCGCACUUUUCGCAAAACAUUGUCUAACAAUUCCAAAAUUCAGCGAAGACGCAAUGAUUCAUAAUGAACACUUCGCUAAUCUCACGAACAAUAUGUACUUUUCCUACUGAGAUUUCAAUCAAUAGCAUAGCAUUCAAUUGGCCAUGUGAAGGAAUGUUAGCCUAGGAUGUACUCUUCAGUAUUACCAAUUUACACUUGUGUAGCUCGUAGUUGUUGUAAUAUUUCUCUUUUAGUACAAACACAUGUUCGAACGUGGAACAUGGCACCAGCUUUUUAUCCUUGCGCGACAGUGCAUGAAGUCAUUAUUGAAAUACACGAAUGAUUCGUACUCAUACUGCAUUCAAUACUAAUCGUCGUUCAAUUCCGGGCAUUGCGAUUACACAGAGUACUGAAAAAUUACACCUACCAAGUUGCGAGUGAAUUCAUUUACGACAGAUCCGUUCGAUUUUAAUAUUAUGUAAGCGAAGAAGAAAGUUCUUUCAAACUCGUUUAUGGUAACCUCUUUGACAUUUUCGCAUGCCUAAUAUGAUUUCAACGUUCGCACGUGUAAGUUUUCAGCACUCUGUGUGUGUGUAUGUGUGUGUGCGUGCGUACGUGUGUGUGUAGAUGUGUGUAUAUAUUACAUCACGUGCAAUUAGGAGCUUCUGAGACGCUUUUGUUUGUGGAAUGCGCGAAAGUAUGAAACCGGGUCAAUCUUCCUUGCUGCUGAACAAUUUCGGAACAAUCGCAAUAAAAUCUAGCUCGAUGACGCUUUCGUGAAAAGUUGUGGUCCUUCAACUGAGUAAUAGACGUAGUUGUCCGAGUAAGAAGCAGACAAAUUUCCCUCGCCCGUUACUUAUCCGCAAAAAAAAUGUCCAUCAUCCUUUGCUCAAUUCAAACUGACAACUGAUGAAACAAUGAAUGAAAACUUACUGCAUUCUAUUGGAUUAAUAGCAUAGUAAUGCAAUAUGAUUAUUUAAUUCGCCAUGAAAAAUGUCGUAGGACUACUAAUUGAAAUACUUCAAUAAUUUAUUACUCACUAAAGUGAGAUUUUAAUGUAUUAUAUAAAAUUAACGAGGAUUAUAUCGAGUGUUGGCGGAAGGAGAUGUGCAAGUGGAUAAUUAACGGGAAGUUAUUUUGCGUCCUGCCGAACACAUGCCUGUGUUAUUCAUAGGACGGAAGAGAGCACGCGCGAAUGUACAAUGCAACGCGUGGGAGCGAAGAGGCGUGUGUCGUUUCGCGACACGCAACUCUACCAAUCGACACAAUGUAACCCGCGAGUAGGGUCAUCCCUUGAAGAACUCGCGUCGUCACGUUUAAUCCGCGCGAUCUUGAACUACUUACGAUCAAUUUUGCGGCCUUGCCGGCUGACGCAGCCGAAACCGAAGGAAUCGUCCGAACGUGCGCGCAUUAAAAGUAGAAAAAAAUAGUAGAAAACCCGAGUAAAGAAGCAUGCGUAAAACGUUAAUCGCGUUCAGAGGACGUGGUUUAUUGUAUUCCUUCUGUUAGUUGCUACUUUGUUACAUGCAAUAAACGACGGUAACGAGCCAAGUACACACGUGUUCUUAUCCAAGAAUCGAAAUGAAAGAUCGUCGCAACGGGAGUAGGAUCCGAUGGAAAUGAGCCGGCAUUUGCGAAAGACUCGUGACCGCCUUUUGAUCGGGGAAUGUUGUUUGCUCGCUCGCGAGAACGUAUCUGUAUCAAUAUGAAAUUGCGAAAUACGUGCAGGCGCUGAUAAGGAUUACAGGAAGAGAGAGUGCUUGAGUCGUCUUUUAGGCGGUUGCGAAAGUCUCCGUCUGUCUUUUGCAUCUACGACGUAUACUCGCUUUGCGCAACGCGUGCUGUGGAAGAAGAGCGGUGUGUGUACACGCGCGAAGACACUCCAUAGAAAUCAAAAUCCGAAAAGAACGAGAGGUUCCGUUCUCGAUUUUCAUGCCGGAGAGGUCUCGGCUGAAGUCGCAUCGGAGGACAUACGUGUCUUUGAGGAGGAAGAAGAAGGAAUGAAACGCGUAACAUCGCAGGAACUACCGUCGAAACUGCACACGGAGACUUCGCAGCGCUGAAGGCCGGUUGAUUAAUGAAGAGAAAUCUGACCUGUCGGUAAAUAUAAAGGAGAGCUAACGAUAUCACAUGGUGAUCGCAAUGUCGCGAUUAUGCAUGGAAACAGAUUAUAUAAGAUCAUGCACGUUCAAUGCAGGCACGGAAGGGAACAACGUCGCAGGGAGAGGGAAUAGAAGAGGAAUGUGCGAAAUAUAGAUUUGGCGCGAUAAUACCUUCUUUCUUUUCUUUUUUUUUUUUAGUUA